UACACCAGUUCCCUGGUUUAUUGGGCCUAAAACGAUGACAGCUAUCUGCUUUGGGUCACGAAUGUCGUCCCCGGUCUAAAGCUUCCUGCCAGCCUCCAGGUGCUUGCAUCGUCUUACCGUCCGCCAAACCCUUCACGUCUCGCCCCUCUAGGCUCUUGGGACGCGCCCACUCUCGCCUUCGUCUGUACUCCGGCGCGCCGCCUACGGAGUACGAAUACUCUUUCAAUACCUGGCGAACGAAUGGGGUGUGCUGCGUGCUGUGCAUGGUGGACGGACCGGCGAUACGGUAAUUUUUUUUUGAAUGGUAGGAACGCCUCAAAAGUUUAGACGGAAUAGCACUCUGCUGAUCUGCCUGCUCUUUGACCAGGGAGAUCAUUAAACAUCAGCUCGACACGAUUAUGCAAUUCCACGCAUAGCAUGCUGGGCAGACCUUCCGAUACGAAGGUCCAUGUCACUAUGUGCCAUGUGCCGCAACAACGAAUCACGACUUUUGAUCCGUCUCCAUGUAGCACUUUCGAUGGCACUCUAUCGCAACCGCAAAUCACCGAGGGAAAAGGCAUCCGAGCGGGCGUGAGAACCCAAGUUACCCUCAACGUGCACUGCCAACCAACUUUCCACUGUUCCAGCCAGCCGUGCGGCGUGCCAGCCAUCCUGCAAAAUAACGCGCACAAAAUGCAACCUUCUAGGGGCCUUCUCCAGAUAGAUGACGAAUUCAAGCUCAAGAAAGAUCAUCUGCCGAAGCGCUCGAGCCCCAUCUCUGAUCCCCUCAAAGACACGCUCUCCUUGCACGGGUCCCUGGAGUCUGGGACAUCCUACAGGAUACCUAACUCGACAGCUCCUGGUCGCUCCUCGACUGGUUGGCUGAAGGGUGUCCACGACCAACAAACCCGGAUCGACGCACCUGCAGCACAUCCCACACAACCAGAGAGGCUUGUGUGUUUGACGAGGGGACAGAUCCGUGUGGGCUGCUGCACUGAGUGCUGCAGGCUACCUGUGCCCCCAGGACGCGGUACCUUGAUAUUAGGAUGCUGACAUUUUCCAAUACUGUGUUAGCGAUAGCCGUCACACAAAAUCUAGCACACGCGCUACGCCCAUCAGCCAGCUGCGAGCCAUCGGGCCUUAGCAGGCGUACUGUGUGUACUCCGUAGUGCGAGCAAAUCAUGGCCAUGGGCAUCAACGCUAGGCCCCGGGGG